AUGCCUUCAUUUGGAUUGUCGCGCUUGGUCGCUGGAACAAAGCGGGCGCUAUCUCGGGAGCCCCGCUCGCUAAGUCAGGCCGUGGAGCACCCGCAAGGCCUAGAGGUUGUCUCCGAGGGGAAUAAUCCGACCGUCGAUAUCGUGGCCCUACACGGCCUUAACGGCCACCGGGAGAAGACAUGGACGGCGGAAAACAGCGUCCACUGGCUCCGACACCUCCUUCCCGAGGACCUCCCGCAAGCCCGCAUCUUCUGCUGGGGCUACGACGCGAACACCCAUGCCGCAAAUGGGGUGAACUGGCAAUACCUGUACGACCAUGCAACAACCCUGGUAUCCGAUCUGUGCCUGGCGCGGGAGAUCACUGAUACUACUCGUCGACCGAUCAUCUUUGUCGCCCACAGCCUAGGCGGGAUCGUCCUCAAGGGCGCUCUCAUCCACUCCGCUGCCGCUCGCGCGGACGCCCCGCUCAACCCUCGGUCAAUCAAACUAUCUACAUACGGAAUUUUGUUCAUGGGAACUCCUCAUCAAGGCGGUAACGGCGUGGAGCUAGGGCGAAUUCUAGCGAACGUCGCGUCUCUUGUCGUGGCAGCCGAUGAUCGACUGCUGAGGCACCUCGAGCAUCACUCGGAGUAUUUGCAGCAGCAGCUAGGGCAAUAUGCACCGAUCAGCGACGACUUUGUCACUAAGUUUGCGUACGAGACGUACGCAACUCCGACCCUUUUGGGACCCAGCAUCAUAGUGGUUCCCAAGGCGUCGGCCGUCGUGCCAGGACAGGUCCACGCCGAGCCGAUCGCGAUCCACAAGACGCAUACCUCCAUGGUUCGGUAUCCAUCAAGGCAGGACGCCGCAUACGUCAAGGUGUCGCAACACCUGCAGCUUAUGGUCAAUGAUGCCCCAGACAGCGUGCAACAACGUUGGGCGACUGAAAGAAGGGCAGAUGAUGCACGAGGGAAUAUAAAUCAAUUUGCCCUGUCUCCGAGCCUGUCGGGAGCCACAGCAACAAGCUACUUUGUUGCUAGAGACGAAGAGCUUACCUGGAUGAACCAAGUACUGGACAUUCAGCCAGGGCGCCGCACUGUUGUCGUGCACGGUCUGGGGGGCAUGGGCAAGACGCAGCUCGCAAUCGCAUACAUGAAGCGGCACCGAGAUGACUAUUCCGCAUCAAUCUGGCUGAACGCGAGAGAUGAAACGUCCUUGAACCAGAGCUUCCGGCAUGCAGCCGGAAGGAUCCUCCAAGAGCACCCCACACUGAGCUACAUGCAGACGGCUGUGUCGGACAAAGAUGACGAUGCAGCGCUUGCCGUCAAGAGGUGGCUGGAUGAACCGAGGAAUGACCGAUGGCUUUUGGUCUACGACAAUUACGACCACCCCAGGAUGGGAGGAAAAAACGAGGAAAUGCCAGGCGGAGACGAUGGCGGCCUAAGUCGACCUGGCGAGGCGGAUCAAGCAGCACCAGAGGGCUACGAUAUUCGCCAGUACUUCCCGGAUGUAGACCAUGGAGCGGUUAUUGUGACGACGCGAGGAACAGUCCAGAUCGGGGAGCUUCUGCAAUUGCAGAAAUUGCGCAACAUAGGAGACAGUCUUCGCAUUCUGGAGUCAACAUCGGGUCGUAAAGGAACCCAUGACGAUGCUGCCGCGGUAGCCCUUGCUCGUAAACUCGACGGUCUACCGCUCGCCCUCUCGACGGCUGGCACAUACCUCAUGGAAGUCUCGACAUCUUGGGGACAAUAUUUGCAAGACUACGCGGACGCAUGGGGUCAGUUGCAGAUGCUUAGCCCACAACUCCUAACAUAUGAGGAUCGUGCCAUGUACUCGACGUGGAACAUCUCAUUUGCGAGCAUACGCCAACAGAACUAA